AUGAGCGGCAAAGGUGUCAAACGCGCUUCCCCCGGAGCGUCGACGGAGAAGAAUCCCCUUGGGGACGUGGAGCUGACCGACGAGGAUGCUCAGAAGUUGAACGGCAUCCAGAAGGAGAUCGCGCGUACGGAGCUGCUGCUAGAACGCCGCGCUCAGGAGGCAUUGUACCCCGUGUAUGAAAAGCGUCGUGUAAUCCUCAAGGGUAUCUCCAAGUUCUGGCCCGUGGCACUCAUGAACCACAGCAUGUUCGCGCUUCACGCGCAGCACAACUCGGAUCAGGUCGCGCUAAGCUAUCUGGAGGAUGUAUGGGUUACGCGUGACACGAAGGAGUCGCGGUGCUUCACCUUGGAAUUCUAUUUCAAGGAGAACCCGUACUUCUCUGAUAGUGUACUCAAGAAACAGUACAAGUGGUCCCCUGGGCCUGCGGCAGCGGAAGAAAAGUCCGACACGGACGGUCUGACUGAUUCAAUGAUCGACUUCUCGUGGGAGCGCGACGUAGAGCCCCAGGCGAGCAAGAUCAACUGGAAGGACGACGCGAAGAACCUGACGAAACUGCACCCGCGCGUGAAGGACGAGGACGGUGAUGACAUGCCUGCAGAGGGGGGCAGCUUCUUCAACCUGUUUGAGGAAUCAGAGGAUCCAUUUGACCUGGGCGUGCUGAUCGCAAACGACGUGUUCCCCGAGGCGGUGGAGUACUUCCUGGGCCAGGCUGGCGGGGACGGGGUGGACUCUGACGACGACGAGGACAGCGAGGACGACGAUGACGAGGAGGAGAUUGACCUGGAGAAGCCGCGCCCGAAGAAGCUGAAGGUGUGA